CCAAAGAUUAAUUCGAUACUAUCGAUGAUUAAAUGAUGAAUCGAUGGUAUCCACAACAAUGUUUGCAUUAAAAUUGUACACAUGUUUAGAAUCGAUCUGAAACCCAAAUUCCAAUAUGUCUCCACGGAUUUUAUACAAGAUUUCAUCAAAUGUUCACCAUUUUUUACAUAAUCCACGUAUUAGUACAUUGUUGAAUCAAAAUACUAUCCGUACUAUGGCAUUGUUUCCACCAAAAAAGAAAGAUGACGAAGAAUCACCAGGAAUUCGUACGAAAGAAUUGGUACGAAUUCGAGAUUUUUUCAAUGAAGAAGGUCUCAAAUCAGAUUAUGAUAAAAAACAUUUUGUUAACACGAUUGAAGAUUUCAAUAAUAUCCGUAAAAUGAAACGUUUUGGAUAUACGGAAUUUAUCGCUGCUUCUUUACCGGCAAUGAAAGAAUUUGGCGUACAUAAAGAUAUUGAUUCAUAUAAAGCAUUGAUGCGAGUCUUUCCAAAAGGUGCAUUUAUUCCAUCCAGUAAAUUGGCUGCCGGAUUCUUCCCUCAUUACGUUCAACAACAAACAGCCAUCAAAAUUCUCAUACAAAUGGAAGAGAAUGGUGUUAUGCCUGAUAAGGAGCUUGAAUCGAUCAUAAUCGACGCCUUUUCUAAAUAUUCGAUAGUUUGGGAACGUUGUGCUCGAAUGAUUUAUUGGAUGACAAAGUUUAAGAAUGCAAAUCCGUUUCCAUUUCCCGAAAAAAUACCUACUGAUCCACUGGAGUUGGCAAUUAUAGCUCUUCGACGUAUGACAUUUUAUAUUGAUCCACAAACAGAAAUCUAUGUUUAUCGUACAACUCAAAUCGAGGAAUCGGACGAAGAUACUUGGAUAUGUUUUGCACAAAGUGAUAGUCAAUGUAAAUUGAUUGACGGAUUAGAUUUGGAAAAAUAUCGUUUAUCUGUUGAUGGGCCAUUUCAAGUAUGGGCUGCAAAUAAUUCUCUUACAUAUUUUGUUUUUUAUGCUCGAGAAACAAGAGUCAAAGAAAAUCGUGACCUGGUCGAAGAAUUUCUAAAGGCCGAACAAGAAAUUGAUGAUGUCUCGAAUAUACCCUUAUCUAAUUUCGGCCACCUAGAUUAUGAUGAAGGAGCCAAUCCAAAAUGUAAAGUACAUCAACAAGAUGAUGGAACAAUAUUGGCCAUUGUAGCUACCGGUACAUCUAGUCAACAGUCCUUAUUACUAUGGCUUCGUAAAUUCGAACAACAUAAUCCUCGAUUACGUUCCGUACCUAUUGUCGUUACGCAGAAUAAUCCCGACCAAGAACAAUCCUCGAAUGAAAAUGAUUUCCAACGAGAUUUCGAUUAUAAAUUACAGUGGAAAAAACAACAACAAGCGCAAUCAUCAGCGUCUGAUGAUAAUAAUAAAUUUAAUGAUCAAAAAUAAUUUCAUUUUAAUUUGUAAAUAAACUUGUUGAUCUUUCAUCGUGAA